AGACGAUCGCUCGAUCCUCACGCUGAGCCCGAUCCACUUUUUUUCGCAUUGGCCAUAAGUUUUUCUUCUAUCGCCUAUCACGGCAAUAUCGUCUUUGCUAACUUGGUCUGCUUCUGCAUUCUCGGACGCGAAGUCAGAGUUAUGCGAGACGAGAGUGCAGCGGAGCAGUUUCGAUACUUGCUAAGUAGCAAUUGCAUGCAAGUCUGAUUCUAAUGUCAAUCGCGUGGUGAGUAUGAUGGUGGCGAAGCACGCACGAAAGAGCUCUUUGAUGCGUAUGACGCUACCUCGAAGUGGUCGCACACACGACCGACGCUGACAGGCGCUUCGAAACCCCCGGCAACAAGGAGCAUGGACAACUUGGUGCGGCGGUUCGAUUGGUACCGGCGGGUGCCGAAGGACCUCACGGAAAGCAGUGUGCACGGUGCUGUUGUAUCGAUUUUAACUAUCACUGUGGCACUCUACCUGUUUCUGUCCAACUUGUCUGAGUUUCUGACGGUCCAAACCAGAUCGGAGAUGUUCGUGGACGACUUUCACCAGAAUAUCGAGGAUUCAAGCCGGAACAAGCUCAGGAUAAACCUGGACAUCAAAUUUCCCCGCGUGCCCUGCGCAGCGCUCGCCCUGGACGCACAGGACGUCAUGGGCUCGCACGAGCUGUCCACUGGCGGACUGCUCUUCAAGCUGCAGCUCGGUCGCGACGGAAAUACGGUUCUGAAUCGGGAAGAGGUGCACGGAAACCACAUGACCGAGUCCAAAUUUCACGGCCUCUCUCGCCACAAUUGGAACAUACUGCAUCAACACGACAAAGAUCACGUACCACAUUUACUUACAUCAUAUCUUGCAUUGCGUUUCCAAACUUGGCGAGUAGCGUUGGCCCGUAUCGACAUGACGUUUGUUUUGCUGCAUGUAAAAAAGUUGGAUUUCUCAAAUCUUCUGACCUAUCAGAUAAAGGAGGAGCUUCUUGCCCAGGAAGGGUGUCGCCUGCAGGGAUCUCUGGAAGUCAAUCGCGUCCCAGGAAAUAUCCACAUAUCGACCCACUACCUCGGCGGCUUUCCAACGCUUUCGUAUAUAUUCUGCAUUUCCGUGAUUUUAAUUUCUCCCGUUCUCUUGAAGCUGUUUGUUUGUAAGUUUUCGUUAGUGCAGACACAGACCUCGUUCUGUUCUUCCUGGUUCAUUCUUUACCGUUGUUUUCUCUGAAAACGCACAACAAAAUAUCAGCCUCGACGAUGACGGCAUGUUUGGGCGGGGUCCUAGUUUCGGCUCGUCGUCGAACAAACAGAAGGGCGGUAAGGAAAACGACGUCCGUUGGGAGGACCUGUCGACGGAGCAAAAGUACCAGAGGCUGCAGAAUCUGGACUUGGAACACGAGAUCCUACACCUUUCCUUCGGCGACGAUCGCGACCUGCAGUGGGUCGUCGACAAUUUUCAGAACGCUGGGAUCCUGUCUCCGCUCGACGGAGUGAAGCAGACCUGCGAGCGGAAAAAGUACGACCCGAAUUCCUACCACGGCGGCCUCUUUAACUUGCCCGGACUGGACGGGCCAUCCUUGUUCAACAGCGACCAAACCGCGAAACUGCACGACCCGGGAGCGGCCAAGGUCCCCUCUGGAUCGACGUCCGUGUCGGGAAAUAAGAACGGAGAAGGAAGUUCCUCCUCUAGUACGAUCGACCUGGUGAACACCGUCGCGCAACCGACAAUCUUCGAGUACUACUGCAAUGUAGUCCCCACCCGCUACGAAAAGCUGGGCGCCAGCAGCAGGAACGGAAAUCGGGGAGGAGGUUCUUCUUAUGGAGCGGCGAGUGGGAGUGAUGGGCCGCAAGAUGACACAAGGCGGCGUGACGUCUACCAAUUCACGUCAAAUCAGAACGAGCUGAAAAACACGCACGCGCCCGGGAUUUACAUCCGUUACGGCAUCGCGCCGGUCGCCGUCAAGUUCGUGGAGCAUCGAAUCGCGUUCUUUACCUUCUUCGUGCAGACCCUGGCCAUCCUGGGAGGCCUCUUCACUGUCGCUGGACUCGUCGAGUCCGUGUUGCACACAGGGUUGCAGUCGGUGCAAAGAAAGUUUGAACUGGGAAAGUUGACCUGAGGGCUUGCGUUCUCUACAACGCGAACUAGCAUUGUUUUCUCCAAAUCAGCCUGUUCCAGGGACUAGCUGUUCCUUCGAGUCUUUUACGCACACAAAUCUAAUGACAGUUAGCUCAUCUACUUCAGGACCAGGAGGUUCGUGCAGCUGCUCCCUGGCCACGCUGCAGCAGACCGACCCCCGUCUUGUUUAGAAAAGGAAACAGCUGCAGGAGAGUCCCUACGGAAGGAAUCGAUCUACUGCGCAUCAUGUGCGAAGGUCACUGCGGGCUGGCGGAGGGGGAGGCUCGCGCCGGCCAAAGGACCAGGCUGCAGUUUAAUUUUUAGGAGAUCUUUGAGUAAGAUCAAGAUUCGAUAAUUUCCAUCCUUGAUGAUGAUGGCAUCGAGCUCCAAUACCUCACCAUGCAAUGCAUCCGCAAAGCACUGCAGCGGUUUCUGUUUCGUAGGUUCCGAUUGUACCGAAAACUAUAGAUAAAUCUAGCGAAAGUGAGAACGCGUUGGCCGCGCCCGCCCAUGAGGGACAGUAAAAAAAUAGUAUUUGCAUACAUUCACAGACGUAAAAAAAAGUGAUUGAGAUCUUCAUUGUGAUAGAAGAAAGCAGCCAGUUCGUUACUAUGUACUGGUUGGCGGAGAUGAAGC